AUGGUCACAUUUUCUCUCGUUAUUUUGUUGGAGACUAUUAAUGUUUUUAAAGUUGAUUUCUAUGGUACUGCUACUCUUACUGACAAAGAAUUAAUUACAUGCCGAUUUCUAGGUUUUCUUACUUAUGAAACAUUCGGUUGUUGUUAUAUGACUUUUGUUCUUCAAGCAUUUUAUCGAUUAACAAGAGUUGUUUAUAGCAAAUACAAAUUUUUACAGGCAUUUUCAUUCAAUUUAAUUUGUAUUGUACUUCAAUGGAUUAUUUAUUUUCUCUUACUUCUUCCAUCAUAUUUUUGGCCUGGAUCACUUUAUUCUUUCUAUGAAUCAGACUAUUACUGUGGUAUUCCAUAUGAAAAAAUUGUUGGACUUUCUUAUACAAUUAUGAAUAUUUUCGCGUUUCCAAUUAUUUAUCUGACUAUAAUGUAUAGUCGUUGUCUGCAUUUUAUUCGUAAUCAUGCUCCUCAAUUAUCACAAGAACGACGACGAAGAAGGGCAAAACGUGAUCUAAUGAUCACUCGUCGUAUCUUAUUUACAGUCAUUGCUCUUACUUUACCUGGAGUACCAAAUCUAACUUUCGUUCUCAUAACAAGUAUUGAUGUUCGUUUAUCAGGUUCUUUUUAUAUGUAUAGAAUUCAAUGGAUGGGUCCAGCAGUAACAAUAUUCAUACUCAGUAUAGGAAUCGUAUUUAUUAAUUCGCAAAUCAAACAAAUAUUUAUAAAAUUAAAAUUUUGUGGAAAUCAAGUAGUACCAAUCAAAGCAACAAUGCGCGAACUACGACAACCUUCUGUUCUUUUAGCAACACAAAUUUAA